UGCCAUCACAUGUGGGGCGAGACAAGGUGUCAAGAACGUCUGGUCUGGAACACAUCCAUCUUUGUCCUUUUUGUAGGUGUCGCUGCCGGGUGGGCCAGGGGCACAGUGGUGGUGUCCCUGAAUGUCUUCUAAACUGCGUCUGUGACAUAUGCCGGUGGGCCAGACUUCACCACUGACACGACGGUUAUUUACACUUGUCGUGACCACGGCAACAUUGCUAAUUUCCCUCCUUCUACCUUUCUUUCCGUCUUUUUUCAGUUCGCCUUCUCCCUUUCUUGCCCUCUUUAAAAUCCGGCUUCCUCGGUUUCCACCACUUCCAGUAUGUCGCCUAGUCAACAACCCUCGAUACUGUCAUUCUUCCAACCCCGGCAGCAGCAACAACAACCUCAACAUGCCCCUCCCCCUCAAGACUGCGUGAACGGUGCAGCAACAACGGCAAGCGUGCUUCCGAACCACCCCGUAACACCACCACCACCACCUCCUCCCUCUUCUCUCACCUCGGCCCCACCGCCGCAACAAGUUCCAGCUCGUUCCGGUCUCGGGCCCGUCACGGCUACUCUCCCGGCCAACAUCCCCGUCCUGCCAUCCCCACCGUCGAUCCCCUCUCAAGCCAGCAUAGUCCCGGUGGCCGAACACCACAUAGCCGCCCUGCGCCGCAUCAAUUCUCUCCUCCUCCAAGUCGCCUACCCGGACGCCUUCUACGCCAAGGUCCUCGAACCGCUUGCCUCAGGUCUCUUCUCGCGCGUCAUCCUCUGGAGCGACGAUUCCACUUCCGAGCCCAAAGUUAUCGGCGGCGUCGUCUGUCGACUCGAGCCGAACCCUUUCUUAGACGCCAACGGGCAGCCGCAGGCUCCCCAAAUACCUAACGCCCAACAACAAAACCAGUCCGGGCCAGCUCCCGCCGACUCUCCUUACCACGCCAUCUACAUCCAAUCGCUCGCCCUCCUCUCCCCCUACCGAUCCCUCGGUCUCGCCGCCGCCGCGAUCGAACACAUCAUCGCCAGCGCCUCGAUCCUGCCCGCCGCGGGCUCCACAAUCGACGUGCGAACCAUCUACGCCCACGUGUGGACCGAAAACGAGGAAGGGCUCCAGUGGUACGGACAGCGGGGGUUCCGGACCGAAGGCCGCGAGCCAGUGAGGGGGUAUUACUUUAAGCUACGACCGGACACGGCCUGGAUUGUGCGCAGGGAGGUUGGCGGACACGGCAUUACAACCACACAAGCACAAGCACCGUUAGGGGCAGCGAACUAUUCUCUACCGAAACGAAACCACCUCCUCCAACAACCCAUCGGCACCGGAAUGACCAUGGCUUCCAGUGCCACAACCGCAACCACCCCGGCCACGGCCACAGGCGUCCUAGCAGCCGCUGUCAACCUACUACCCACAUCACCACCAAAGUCCCCAGCAGGACCUCCCCCGAGCUCAUCAACCCCCAUCACCCGUUUCUCCUCCACAGCUUCCUUCCCCCCACCAGCAGGGGCACCAGGGGCGGCACCACCAACAUCAACAUCAACAUCAACACCGGGCUUAGCCCCUCCCUCUUCGUCGACAAGACCACCCCUUAGCCGCCCCUCAACCGGCAUGUCGUACCAAAACACGCGACCGGAAACCGAAUGGAACGACUUGCCGCCGGAAAUGGUUCAGCUUAACGUUCCCGGUAGUGGUUCCGGUGCCGGUGCCAGCGCGACGGCCUCGGGCGCUACUAGUGCGGUUAGCUCGAGGAGUAGUUCGGUGGCACCGACGAAGAAGAAGAAGGGGAGGGCGUAUCCUAGUGCUGCUUUUGGGCAGUAGGGAGUCUUUUGUCGAUUGGCCGAGUUAUGUGAUAAUGUAAUGGGAUGGGAUGGGAUGAAGUGAGGUACAUGAUGUUAUAGAGUUAAUGAUGUUCUUGGGAGCGGAUGAAAUAGAUGAAAGUGGGUUGAAAGGGUUCUCAGCUCUCAAAACUCCGAAUGGGGACGUAAUCGGAUUGAUGAAUUCCCCGGUCUGAAUCGGACGCGAGACUACAAGAUGAGCAAGAGUUGGGUUGGACCUUGGCUAUAUAUCUUAAACCUACUAAGCCUUAUACACGCAUAGAAGACGUUUUGUCACAUCCUUAUAGAAACAAUAGUAACUCAGUUAAUGUCAAGUAAACCAGUCGACUAUUACUAUGAA